AUGGGGCUCAUCCUAGGGACCACCCUGACUCUGCUGUCACGGUUCCCCCAGCCUGGUGCCAUGGCCACGUUGCUGGGGCUGCUGCUGGCCCUGCUGGGCUGCACCGCAACGCCAGACCCAGCCCUGGAGGAGGUGUGGGAAGGGUGGAAGAGCCUCCAUGCCAAGGAAUACCCAGAGGAGGCCGAGGCCACCCGCCGGGAGGUUUGGGAGAAGAACCUGUGGCGCAUCCAGCAGCACAACUGGGAGGAGUCGCAGGGGCAGCACGGCUUCCGCCUGGCCAUGAACCACUACGGAGACCUGACAGAUGAGGAGUUUAACCAGCUCCUGAAAGCACAGGGGCAGGAGCCGGCACAGCUCUUCCAGGCACCGGUGGCUCUGAAGACCCCAGCGGAGGUGGACUGGCGGGCAAAGGGCUACGUGACACCCGUGAAGAACCAGGGGCACUGCGGGUCGUGCUGGGCGUUCAGUGCCACAGGGGCCUUGGAGGGGCUUGUCUUCAACCGAACGGGGAAGCUGGCGGUGCUGAGUGAACAAAACCUCAUCGACUGCUCCCGAAAGUUUUUUUCCGGCGGCUACAUGACCCGUGCCUUCCAGUACGUGCGCGACAACGGCGGCUUGAACUCGGAGCACGUCUACCCCUACAUGGCCACGGACACUUCCAGCUGCCGAUACAACCCCCAGGACAAGGCGGCCAACUGCUCCACCAUCUGGCUGGUGGCCCAGGGCAAUGAGGCGGCGCUGGAGCAGGCGGUGGCAGCCGUGGGCCCUGUGUCUGUGGCCGGGGGGGCUCUGCUCUUCCCAGGCAUCUUCAGCAGCGCGUUUUGUAGCCAGCGGGUGAACCAUGGGAUGCUGGCUGUGGGCUACGGCACGAGUCAGGAGGGUGGGCGCAACGUGAGCUACUGGAUCUUAAAAAACAGCUGGUCGGAGGCAUGGGGUGAGCAGGGCUACAUCCGCCUGCUGAAGGGAGCCAACAACCCAUGCGGGGUGGCCAACCAGGCCAGCUUCCCCGUGCUAUGA